GCGUGUGCGCGUGCGCACGGCCGCACCGCAGGACGGGGGACGCGCCGGGCGACAGGACACCUGGAACUCUUUUGCUUUUAUGAAAAACGUGAUCACAUCAGUAACAACUAUGCAUUAAGGAGACACUGAAGGGAGAGAAAAACCAACUAAAAGAAUGAAUAGUGAAGAGGAAUUCUAUGAUGCUGUCACAGGCUUUGAUUCCGAUAAUUCUUCAGGAGAAUUUUCAGAAGCAGUUCACAAAGUUGAUGUGGAUGAUCACCAGAGUCACGGGACUGGAAAGCACAAUGGCGAUGGGCCAGUACAAGAGAAUGGAAUCAAGAAACACAGAACAUCCUUACCUGCCCCAAUGUUUACUAGGAGUGAUUUCAGUGUCUGGAGUAUCUUAAAAAAAUGCAUUGGAUUGGAGCUGUCAAAAAUUACCAUGCCCAUUGCCUUCAAUGAACCCCUGAGCUUCCUUCAGCGAAUAACAGAAUAUAUGGAGCACACAUACCUCAUUAAUAAAGCAAACUGUCAUUCUAACCCUCUAGAAAGAAUGCAGGCUGUUGCUGCUUUUGCCGUGUCUGCUGUGGCCGCUCAGUGGGAGAGAACAGGCAAACCGUUUAACCCUCUCCUUGGAGAAACAUAUGAAUUAAUCAGGGAUGAUUUAGGUUUUAGAUUGAUUUCUGAACAGGUCAGUCAUCAUCCACCUAUCAGCGCAUUUUACUCUGAAGGCUUAAACCAGGACUUCGUUUUUCAUGGCUCAAUUUAUCCUAAAUUGAAGUUUUGGGGGAAGAGCGUAGAAGCAGAACCCCGGGGAACCAUAACAUUGGAACUGAUAAAACACCGCGAAGCUUACACUUGGAGUAACCCUACCUGUUGUGUACAUAAUGUAAUUAUUGGCAAGCUCUGGAUAGAACAGUACGGAACAGUAGAAAUUAUAAAUCACAGUACUGGAGAUAAAUGUAUUCUUAACUUUAAACCAUGUGGGCUGUUUGGUAAAGAGCUUCACAGAAUAGAGGGCUACAUUCAGGACAAAACUAAGAAGAAACUCUCAGUGAUCUAUGGGAAAUGGACAGAAUGCUUGUGGUGCGUUGAUCCUUACUCUUACGAAAACUACAAGAAGAACGAGAGAAAAGGUGGCGAUCAGAAGAAACCAAAGCCGAGAGAGGACCCUGAAAAUGAUGAAGCCGACGAUAUGCCAGAGAUCCAAGAAACUGUGCAAGUUAUACCUGGUAGUAAGCUACUUUGGAGGAUAAGCUCAAGGCCAUCAAAUUCAUCACAGAUGUACAAUUUCACCAGUUUUGCUGUCACUCUUAAUGAAUUGGAGAAGGGCAUGGAAGAUAUCUUGGCUCCUACUGACUGUCGGUUAAGACCAGACAUAAGGCAUAUGGAAAAUGGAGAGAUAG